UAACAUAAGUAUCAGAAAAAUAUAAUGGAACGUUGGCAAAAUAAAUUAGCGGUUGUGACAGGAGCCAGUUCUGGCAUUGGUGCUGCUAUUGUUAAGGAUCUUGUUAAAAAUGGUUUACUAGUGGUGGGUCUGGCCAGACGUGUUGAACGUGUCCGGGAAAUUAAACAACAAUUGCCUGUACAGCUGCAGGCGAACCUAACAGCCCUAGAAUGUGAUGUAUCCAGUUUGAAAUCGGUUAAUGAAGCAUUCGAUAAAAUCAUCUCCCUCUUUGGCGGAGUUGAUAUUUUAGUCAAUAAUGCUGGUUGCAUGAGUAAAGGCAAAUUGUGUACGGGAAAUCCCGAAGAAAUCCAACAAGUUUUACAAACCAAUGUAAUGGGUGUAGUCUAUUGUACACAAAGGGCUUUCAAAUCAAUGAAAGAACGUAAUUUCAAUGGUCAUGUAAUAUUGCUGAAUAGUAUAUCUGGUCAUCGUGUAAGAUGUUUGCCCAAUUACGUGCCGGACAAUAAUAUAUAUGCACCUUCGAAAUUCGCCAUAACCGCCAUAACAAAAAUCUAUCGCCAAGAAUUUAAAGGCUUGGGUACUAAAAUUAAAAUAACUAGCAUUAGUCCUGGCGCAACAGAAACAGAAAUUAUACCCGAAAGUAUGAAGCAUACUGUGGCUGCUCUGCUAAAACCAGAGGAUAUCUCACAAGGCAUUGUCUAUGCUCUUUCUACACCACCGCAUGUUCAAAUACAUGAAAUGACUAUUAAACCAGUUGGCGAAAUGUUUUGAGCAGUUACGCUACUUUUGUAUGCUAGACAAAUACCAAUCAAAUUAUGAUUAUUUUUAU